AAUUUUCAAACUGUGCCCAUGAAAUGUCACAACAUUAAAUUUACCAAAACGAAACCAGCUGAUUUGAUUUGAACCUCAAUAAUUUAUCAAAAGCUACACACAUAAAGUGAAAAAGUUCUACUUAUUUUCCCACACUACUAUUCUCUGCAUCUAUUAAGUUAAACCAUUACUUACAUAAUCCAUAAACUAAAAUGUUGUUAACCAGGAAUAUUUACCAAGUAUUUCGAACACAUAGAAUUAUAUCAAAGAAUUUUAAUUAUAACCUACGACCCUUGAGUAGUAUCGAAGACGCCAAAUAUAAAGGAAAUUAUGAUAUCAUAAUCGCUGGAGGUGGAAUGGUUGGCUGCACCUUGGCUUGUGCCUUAGCUAAAAACUCACUAUUUUCCACUUUCAAAAUAUUACUAUUGGAAAGCAGCCCUUACAAGCAAUUUGAACUGAGAAAAGAAUACAGCAAUAGAGUUGUGGCACUUAGUCAAAAUACCAAAUCAUUAAUGUCAUCUUUGAAUGUUUGGAAACAUAUUGAAGAUAUGAGACUGCAACCUGUAAAACAUAUGCAAGUUUGGGAUGCUUGUUCAGAUGCUUUAAUAUCAUUCAACAGUGCCGACAACUACAAUGAUGAUGUUGCCUACAUUGUCGAAAAUGAUGUAUUGCUGCACGCUGUCAAUACAGAACUAAAUAAUACAGACAAUAAAAACUUUAAUAUUGUCUAUGAAGCAAAGAUUGCAGAUUAUACACUGCCAAAUUCUGAAGAAAUAAAUCCAAAGAGUUUAGUUAAAAUGAACAAUGGUGACACAUAUUCAUGCCAACUGCUGAUUGGCGCCGACGGAGCUAACUCUGCGGUACGACGCGCUAUGGGUGUGCAAUACUUGUCUUGGAACUACGACCAAAUGGGUGUGGUGGCCACCUUGUACUUAGCCGAGGAAACGGAUAACACAACUGCCUGGCAAAGAUGGCUGCCCUCAGGUCCAAUAGCCAUCCUGCCUUUGGACUCGCAGCGUAGCUCACUCGUCUGGUCGACGUGGGAGGACAACGCGAAACGACUCUUGAAACUACCCGAGGAACAAUUCGUCGAUGAACUCAACGAUGCCCUUUGGAAGCAGUAUCCUCGGAGCGGCGCAGUGGAGGGCUGCAUGUCGUGGGUGAGCGGCUGCCUGCGUCGGGCCGGACUACCGGACGGUGCGGCGCGCCAGCUCCCGCCUUCCGUGCAAGGAGUAGCGUCCUCCUCCCGCGCCGCUUUCCCCCUCGCCUUCGGGCACAGUACACGAUACGUCGCUAACGGAGUAGCUCUAGUCGGAGAUGCGGCCCACAGAGUCCAUCCGCUGGCUGGACAGGGCGUUAACCUCGGAUUUGGCGACGUAAAGGAACUCACGGAACUGCUAGCCGACGCCACAUACGGCGGCUUCGAUAUUAACGAUCCGAGCUACCUGCAGAGAUACGAGAGUAACCGUCAGAGGCAUAACGUGCCGACUCAGCUCGCUAUAGAGGCCCUCCACCGGCUCUACACGGUCGACCUGCCUCCGGUCGUGCUGCUGAGGAGUGUCGGCCUCCAACUGACAAACGCUCUACAUCCUGUCAAGAAAUUAUUAAUGUCUCACGCUGCAACGUAGCGGGAAUGAUUGCUAAUUGCUUGAUACCAUAAUGUGAAUGAAGAACGUGUGUACUUAUAUGGCAGAUCUAUUAAAUAAAGCAAAAUAUUAAAUAACUAUAUCAUUCAUCACCCUUAUAAUUUAACACAAAUAUCCGCUCGAUCAUCAAAAUUCGACCGUAAUCACUGACGCCUCAAGGCUUAGAUUGAUUUUGUGCAACAUGUAUUUUUGUAUUAUAUACGUUAGCAGAUACACAAUUUAUGAUAAUAAUAAAAAUGUUUAUAAAACUAAAACUUGUCAUAUAAGCAUAAAAAAAAACAUUCGACAAAUAAAAGAUUAAAUGGUAUUGAGAGUUUGUGACCUUGCCUAUUUAUGUGUUACUUUAAUUAUUUUAAAUGCAUAUGUUUAGCUACCAUUGUUAAGUUUAAGAAUUCAAUAAAUAUUUGUUCUAGAAAUUAAUAGUCGGAGUACCUAACUUAAAAGUCACAAAAAAGUUGUUGUUUUACUUUAGUUUGUCAUGUUACUUUAGUUUAAAUAUACGAGUAUAAUAAUGAAAUUGCUAUAAUUUUGUAUCGAAAAAUAUGGCAAAAAUCCUUUAAAAAAAUUAUAACGUUUUCUUUUUUUCUUUAAUUUCACCGAAUAAAGUUGAAUUCUAUUACAGCAA